UCCUCGCGCUACUCGCCGUCAUCGGCGGCGGCGGCAUCGACAUCGUCGUCGUCGUCAUCCGCUAUCGGUCGUGAAUUAAAAAUAACACGGUUAUUAUCAUCGCAAUAAUAAGAACAAUUGCACGGAUUUCACCGGCGUGGUGGGUUUUUUUCCAACAACAAGAAGAAGAAGCAACAACGACAACAUUUGGAAGCGUUAAAUAUAUUUUGGUGGGAGGGGUUUUUUUUCUCUCUCCUUUUUUGCAUCUUCGGCGAGAGGUUUGACAGCUGACGGAUUACGGACCAGGGGGUGGUAGGGGGGGGAGGGCAAUUGCUGAUUCCGGCUAUCGGGACCGCUACAUUUAAAUUAUUUUACAUUUUUUUAAACAACACGACAAAUCGGGAAGAUAAACACACAAUUGCUGUUGCGGUACCCUGAAAUAAAAAUAAAAAAAAAACACAAUUUAGUUGUAAUUUGUAGCAGCGCUGUUGGGUUUGGUGCCGCGGUGGUGUUAAGUUGGUGAAGCGAGGAGAGGGAAUUGUGAAGGAGGAUUUGGUGAGAGCGCGGGGUGGAGGAGGUGGUGGACGAUGGGGAACAGCGGAGCCACCACGACGAGGAAAGGCAACGAGGCGGAGAGCGCGGCUGCCUCUAGCCGGCAGGAGCGCACGCGGGAACACCAAGGCCACCGCGCACGGCGCCACGAUGGAGCCAGGCCACUUUCCACCGUCAUCGUGAAGGAGUUUUUGGCCAAAGCCAAGGAAGACUUCCUGAAGAAAUGGGAAAACCCCCAACAGAACACAUCGUGCCUGGACGACUUUGAGCGGAUGAAGACGCUGGGAACGGGCUCGUUCGGGCGAGUCAUGCUCGUCAAGCACAAGGCGACGGACCGAUACUUCGCCAUGAAGAUCCUCGACAAGCAGAAGGUGGUGAAGUUAAAACAGGUGGAGCACACACUCAACGAGAAGCGGAUCCUCCAGGCCAUUAGCUUCCCCUUCCUCGUCAGCCUCGAGUACAGCUUCAAGGACAACUCUAACCUGUACAUGGUGCUGGAGUACGUGCCCGGGGGAGAGAUGUUCUCCCACCUGCGGAGGAUCGGACGCUUCAGCGAGCCGCACUCGCGGUUCUACGCGGCUCAGAUCGUGCUGGCGUUCGAGUACCUGCACUCACUCGACCUCAUCUACCGAGACCUCAAGCCAGAGAACCUUCUCAUCGACCAGCAGGGGUACAUCCAGGUCACCGACUUCGGCUUUGCCAAGCGCGUCAAGGGGAGGACCUGGACCCUGUGCGGGACCCCGGAGUACCUGGCGCCGGAGAUCAUCCUCAGUAAAGGCUACAACAAAGCCGUGGACUGGUGGGCGCUGGGCGUGCUGGUGUACGAGAUGGCGGCGGGGUACCCCCCUUUCUUCGCCGACCAGCCCAUUCAGAUCUACGAGAAAAUCGUCUCCGGGAAGGUGAGAUUCCCCUCACACUUCAGCUCAGACCUGAAGGACGUGCUGAGGAACCUGCUCCAGGUGGACCUCACCAAGCGCUUCGGAAACCUCAAGAACGGCGUCAACGACAUCAAGGGGCACAAGUGGUUCUCCACCACCGACUGGAUCGCCAUCUACCAGCGCAAGGUGGAGGCCCCCUUCAUCCCCAAGUGCAAGGGCCCCGGCGACGCCAGCAACUUCGACGACUACGAGGAGGAGGAGAUCCGCAUCUCCUCCACCGAGAAGUGCGCCAAAGAGUUUGCCGACUUCUAACGGGAGGGGCGGUGGGGGGGCGGUGGUGUUGAUGGAGGAAGCGGGGGUGGGCCGGAGGCCGAGCCGGGAAACUCCGGGCCUCGUCCGAGACGCCAUCCAACGCCGGCGGCCCCUCCGGACUGCGCCGGGGGAGGCGGACGCGCCGCACCAGAACUUGUUCGGGUCGUGCCGGAAACCGCAGGGCCGUGCCGAGCCCCACCCUAAGCCAUGCCGGGCCGUAAUUGGGCGCCGCGAGCUGUUGCCCAUGUCGCUCGCCGCCGUGGCGUGGCGGAGCGGGCGCCCCCCAGACCCACCCCGGUAGCGGUGCAAGGAGCAUUGAGUGCGAGCGGCUGGAUUCUUAGGACGGCGUCGUCCUUGUGUGCGCGCGUGCGUGCGCGCGUGUGUGUUUUCCCUACCCCCCCCCCUGCCCGCCCGUCCGUCGUCUGCCCCUUGGACACAGCAUCACUUCUUUGUAGUCAGCCAAGUGAAGCAUUUUUUUUAUUGGAAACACUUUGCGCGCGGGAGGAGACGAACGUUAACGGUGACUGCGCGUGCGCGCGCGGCGCGAAAUAAACGCAGUACAUUUGCAAAGACUGUAAUCCUGUUUGCAAGCACAGGGUUAGCAUAGCCCCCCCCCCCACCUCCUUUCUGCAUUCGGUAGGAAAGCGAGCAUCUGACCUUCGACCUUCAGCCUGUGACCUCCUGACCCUUACACGCGCGCGCUCGUCAACUCGGCCCGGCGCGUCGUCGGCAGUUUAGUCGAGAGAGAAGAGCAUCAUUUUAAAAACUUGUGACAGUUGUCAAUUUUUGUUGUCGUUUAUUUCCCUUUGCAAGGUCGUCCGUCGGUUCGACACCGAACCGUUAGACCUUCACUGCCCGAAUGUCGUUUUUAUUUUAUUUUUUCCCGAGAGGCCGUUGCCGAUGGGCCGCGCUGUUCGACGUUGCGAGCAUCGCGGGGAACGACCAGAGCAUUCGUCGCAUCGCAGGGGAUGCGCGGUGACUCCCCUUGCCGAAUUGGGGCCCGCGUACCGCGGCAUCGCAUGGGGAGCGUUGUCGAUGACGUCGUUGUCGAUGGCGUCGUUGUCGAUGACGUCGUUGUCGACGUCGUUGUCGAUGACGUCCACGUCGUUGAUGUAAUCGUCGCCGUCGUCGUUAACAAAGAGCAGAGUCUGCGCGGGAUGUCGAAGUCGACAAAAAGCCGAGACGGUGAAAAGUUCCUGAUGCUCGCUCGGCAAGGUUUUUGAGGAGGGUGGGUUGGGGUGGGGGGGGGGCGGGUGGGGGUGGAGGGGGAGCACAGGUUAUUAGCCCUUUCCUGUUCCGAGACGUCUGCAAGUUGCAGGGUGCGGGUGACCCGUUCACCGCUGAAUCUCGGGAAAGCGCAAGCAGUUCAGCAUGAAUUUUAUUUCGAGAAGCGCAGCAGCGCCGUUUUUAAAGACACGAGUCACCGCAGGGAACCGUAGCGUCACAACCGUCGCACUAUACGAUAGCCACACGGCUCCUCCCGCGUGGCCUUGUGGGAGCCUCGGUACCGAUAAAGUUACUUUUAUUAGUUUUUCUUCCGGUUACGUUCGGAAGAAAACACAGUGACGACGUACGUCAUCGGAACGGGAAAGGGUUGACGUGCACAGCCAUUUCUCUGAGGUGCUCCUGGCAAAAAUGUUAAACGACAAGUAAUCCCCACGAGACAACAGUGUUUCUGCGCUACAUAGGAUUCCUAGGAUCGAACACAUUCACGCUCCGCGCUUUAAUCGCCCGACGUGGGAUGCGGACCGCACGCCACUUGCAAAAAAAAAUGAAGGUGUCUGGAGUUCCUGUUUUUAACGGUUCUGCCAACAUCGGAAGGCGCGGAUUUCCCUCCCCGCUUGAUGGGGAACGCUUUUUUGGCAGCUCGGCCACUCAAGUAUCUGAUGGGCCACUUAUUUUUCGGGGUGGGGGGAGGGGGGCAAAAAUGUAAUUUUCAAGGGUAAAAGUGCAGAUGUUGUUGAGGCUCGUCUCGUGUGCUCACUGAAGUCCUUGAGGGUAGCCACGUGGAUCAUUCCACUGCGUGGUGGGGGCGUUGAUUUGUCCUGCCCUCCCCACCACCGCGCCCCCCCCUCCCACCCGCCCCCCUCUCGCACCAUUCCCAUCUAGUCCCCCGCCGUAUCUGACUUUAUUUCCCUUCCCACUGAACAACCGAGCUGCGCCGUUGCCAAUGUUGAGCGAGCCCGGCGGCGCGGCUGAAGGCGGCUGCCUGGUUUUUCCACUGCAUCAGCCGAGCCGAGCCGGUGCUUUGCGAUGGACGAGUCGAGACGCGCGAUGGCGGCGCGGCGAGCGAACCGCGUGUCCGUCACGUCGCACGCGACGGACGAGUCGAGAUGCGCGACGGUGAUGCAGCCAACCGAUGUCGCACGCAACAAACCGCCUGCGUUAUUCGCCCCCCGCCGCCGCCGCUGCUGCUGCUGGUCCUCUCUUGGACUCGGAUCCAGAUUCAGAUGUUCUUCUUUGCGAGGACCAGCAAGUCGCGGGUUUGGUGGUUCCGGCUCGGCACGGCAAAUAUAGGCAGUGGAAGGCCGUGUCUCCCCACUCCCCCCCCCCUCCCCAGUACCAUAAUGGCCCGGUCCUGGCUCUCGGCUCGGAUGUGCCAGUGAGAAAAAGGGGUAGUUGGGUGUCUGAGCCUUUGUUGGCAGAGGCGCAAGAUGGCUUAGUUUUGUACACGAGCAUUACGGCGGAGGCGGCGGUGGUGCCCCGGAUCAUUACGGGCAACGGCAAGAUCCGUGAAAAGAGAGAGGCCGACGGCGUUUUGUUUUACUGCCUAAACGAAGUUGACACCGUUCGAUCCGUCGAACGAUUUUUGGGAAUUCCAGUUUGGCGCAUCCCAAGUUUUAAGCAAGGGCAAAGCCUGCAGCAGGUUUAAGUUAAAUGAGACCACUCGUUGGCGUUGGUCAAACUUGGCCGCAGCAUUCUGCUGCUGCUGCUGACGAUAAUGAGAAUCGGUUGAAGUCAAAAACCAGCCACAGGGUUUUGUUUUUCAAACAAAACCAGUCCUGGGAUGCGCUGAACCACGAAAGUGCCCUGUUGCGGUUGAUUGAUUAAAAAUGUUAAUCAACAAACUUAACCCGUUGUUCUGUUUGAAUUAGUUUUGUACAGUUAAUUUUAUUUCGUAGAAUAUUUUCAAUUUGUUUUACUUAUUAAUUUGUUUUUUUUUAUGUUAUCACGUCAUACGGCCAAGCUCCUGCCAGAAGCGAGAAGAAUACUGCCGGAAGGAGAAGAAGACGAAAAAUAAAAACACAAAACUCUGCCCCAUGAUCGGGGGGGGGGAAGGGCCCUUUUGCUGGAGAAGAUACUUCUUCCCGGGAGAGAACUUAAGCCGCAGGGAAGAUGCAUCGGCGUUGGAAUCGUUGGGCGGGAGAGUGUUUUAACCGAUUUUAACGGUGCAGUGAUAUGACAAAAAAAAAUAAUACCAAAUGCGACUAUAAAUUACCCCUCUGAACUUA